CAAGUCUGCCGGUGAAGAUCAAAUUUCUUAUCUUUCAACAUUUAGCGUAAUCGCGCGUGCGUACAUACAUACAUACAUAUGUGCAAAUAUAAUAUAUUCGUUCAUACCUACAUCACGACGAAUUUCUGCAAAUCACUCAACCGAAAUCAAAUGAAAUGAAAAAUAAAAAUUAGUACCACAAAUUUAUAAUGGACCUAAAGUCUCAUUAAAUUGACUAAAGUUUUAAAGCAGUUAUCCAAAAAAAUAUAGAUGGUAGCUUCAAAAAUGACAGACCAAGAUGAGAAACACAUCCUGCAGACACCUUCUGAUACCCGCAUGUCGUUUGAACAACUCACCUUCGAUCCGGAGGGAAAUUCCUUAACGCCUGCUUAUUUGCCGACCGGAACAAUCAAUAAAGUGCAUCCAGAUGCAUCCUCAGCGGAGGAACCAUUUACAACGCAAUCGAAUCGUCCUUUGCGCAGACGGGUUAUGUCCUUAGAAUUGCCAGUGUUUUUGCUCUUCCUCUCUAUGAUGCUAUCGCAUCCUGUAAUGCUAAAUCAGGAACUUUACCAAACCUGUUUAGCUGUAUAUCAUUACAACGAGAGUAGCUGCGAACCUCUGCGCGGUAUUAUUCCCAAGACGGAGGAGGCGAAAGUUAUCGAAAAACAUCUCCAGCCUUAUGUGGCCCAAAUCACUAUGACCAACUCUAUACUACAUAAUGUAUGGCCGGGAAUUCUCGUUCUCUUCAUCGGACCAUGGUCAGAUAAAUUUGGGCGACGACCAGUGAUGUUGGCAGCAUUUACAAGCUCACUUCUCGGUCACAUCAUUACUGGAACAUUGGUUAGCAUUUCCAAGCUGGUGUCGCUUAAUCCUUGGUUCUACUUAUUAGGCGGUAUUCCAUCCGCACUUGUUGGCGGUGGCAACUCAUUGAUUACCGUCGUCUUCUGUUAUAUAUCUGAUGUCUCUGAUAUGGAAAGUAAACCAAAGCGGGUGUUCUAUAUCGACAUGGUUAUGGGUCUGGGUGUAGUACUUGGCAAUGUGUUGAGCAGUUACUUGUUGCGACUCACGAGCGUUGCUAUGGUGUGUGCCACGUCUGCCACGCUUGUGUUUAUCGCUUUGCUCUACAUUUUAUUUUUUAUUGGAGAAAGUUUGGAUGUUGAGGAAACAAGAUUUGCGCAUAAGGCAAAACGCUUCUUUGAUGUCCAACUUAUCAAGGACCUAGUGAAGACUUGUGUGGCACGACGUCCAAACUAUGGACGCGCCAUAAUCGGUUGCACAAUUUCCGUUUUAAUGACAACGAGCUUCAUACUUCACGGUGAACUCGGUGUAUUCUACUUGUUUUUACGUAACAAAUUCAAUGUCACUUUGCAACAGUUCACAUAUUAUAAUGCCACUGUAAUCACAAUUAAAAUGGCGGGAUGUUGUGUUGCUUUUGCGGUAUUCAGAAAGCUCUUCAAAAUAUCUUUUGCCGCGAUUGCUAUGAUGGGUCUAGCUGGUUGUAUUAUGGACAGUUUAACGCGGGCUUUGGCGCAAAGUUUCUGGCAAAUGUAUAUGGCAUCCGCCUUUGGACUUAUGUCAGGCAUUACCACGCCCAUGUUACAGGCAAUCGUUUCGUUAGCAGUGCCAUCAAAUGAGAUUGGCAAAGUUUACUCCUUAGCUUCGUGUUUUCAAACGCUCUCACCCUUGGUUUCCGCCCCAUUAUAUACACUCGUCUACAAUGGAACUCUGAAUUUUUAUCCUGGACUCUUCAAUUUUAUCAGCACGUCUCUAUUUGUGGUGUGCUUUAUUGUAAUGAUUGUGAUAAACAUUUUUGAGCGACGAGUUGCAAGCAGACCAAAUGUACCUGAAACAGAAAAGGGCGAAAUGGAAAAUCUCAAAAGUGAAAUACCGAGGACCGAGUCCGCUAACACAUCUCACUCACUCACGAUGACGGACAUUGAUGAGAAACGAAUACUGGAUACACCAUCAACCAAGAGCUCUAACACUUCUUUGGAUCCUGCAGUGGAAUUCUCCCAGCCUGCUUGUAGUGCAAGUACAAUGUCUGCCGCAGCCGAUGAAGUGCAUACAGUAGCGUCUUCGCCGGAGGAACCACUUGCACCGCAAUCGAACCGUCAUUUGCGCCGACGGAUUAUGUCCUUAGAAUUGCCGGUGUUUUUGCUCUUCCUUGCCACAAUGAUAACGGGUCCCGUGAUGCUGAAUCAGGAGCUCUAUCAAACCUGUGUGGCUGUAUAUCAUUACAAUGCGAGUGAUUGUGAGCCUCUGCGCGGUAUUAUUCCCAAGACGGAGGAGGCGAAAGUGAUCGAAAAGAGUCUUCAACCUUACGUGGCGCAAAUAACUAUGACUAACUCUAUGCUAAAUAAUAUUUGGCCAGGAUGUAUCGUUCUCUUCGUUGGGCCGUGGUCAGAUAAAUUUGGUCGACGACCAGUGCUUUUGGUGAAUUUCAUCGCUGCAUUUCUCGGUCACGUGAUAACUGCAACAUUGGUUAGCAUUUCCACAAUGCUAUCGCUGAAUCCUUGGUUCUACAUAAUGGGCGGCAUUCCAUCCGCACUUGUUGGCGGUGGCAACUCAUUGAUUACCGUCGUCUUCUGUUAUAUAUCUGAUGUCUCUGAUAUGGAAAGUAAACCAAAGCGGAUGUUCUAUAUUGAUAUGGUUAUGGGUCUGGGUGUAGUACUUGGCAAUGUGUUGAGCAGUUACUUGUUGCGGCUCACGAGCGUUGCUAUGGUAUGUGCCACGGCUGCCACGCUUGUAUUUAUCGCUUUACUCUACAUUUUAUUUUUUAUUGGAGAAAGUUUGGAUGUUGAGGAAACAAGCUUUGCGCAUAAGGCAAAACGCUUCUUUGAUGUCCACCUUAUCAAGGACCUAGUGAAGACUUGUGUGGCACGACGUCCAAACUAUGGACGCGCUAUAAUCGGUUGCACAAUUUCCAUUUCAACAGUAACGACUUUCAUAAUGUACGGUGAGCUUGGUAUAUUUUAUUUGUUCUUGCGCACUAAAUUCAAUGUAACUUUGCAACAGUACACAUAUUAUAAUGCCACUGUAAUAACGAUAAAAAUGGUGGGAUGUGGCAUUGCUUUUGGGGUCUUCAGAAAGCUCUUCAAGAUAUCUUUUUCCGCAAUUGCUAUGAUGGGUCUAGCUGGUUGUUUUUUUGAUAGUUUGACUCGUGGUUUGGCGCAGAGUUUCUGGCAAAUGUAUAUGGCAUCCGCCUUUGGACUUAUGUCUGGCAUAACCGGUCCCAUGUUGCAAGCAAUUGUUUCGUUAGCUGUGCCAUCAAAUGAAAUUGGUAAAGUGUAUUCCUUAUCAUCCUGCAUACACACACUGACACCACUAGCUGCUGCACCUUUAUAUACGCUCAUCUACAGCCGUACUCUGAAUUUUUAUCCUGGAUUCUAUAAUUUCAUCAGUUCAGGACUGUAUGUGGAGUGCUUCGUUGUAAUGACGAUAAUAUACAUUUUCGAGCGACGAGUUGCUAAGAGGAUACCCCAUCCUGAAGCGGAAAGGGGAGAGUCGGAAAAAGCUCAAACGGAAGGGACUCCAACCGAAAACUCUCAGUCAACACAAGCACAGUAAAGAACAUAUAUAUGUGAGUUUGUGUAUGCGCCAAAGAUUUUGUAUACAAGUGUACUUAAGUAGCUUAGAAAUUAGAGUAUGUGAUAAUUAUUAAAUAAGUAAUUAUAGGAAGUACGUAUUUCGAGAAUAUUCAAGAAGGGAGUUUUCCCAGUGCAUAGCGCACAAAUUGUAUCUCACAGAAGCGUAGUACCAAAAUGAGAGAAACAAAAACCUUAUUAAUAUAUUUUAAACGGCAGGAAUAACACUAAUUGUCAUGUUAGUGUAUGGAAAUCGAUGGAAUCAUAUUUCGGAGGUCAUAACGGUAUAUAUAUAUUAUAUAUACAUUUAAUUGGCCGAAGGAAAGCUACAAGCUUUAUCAAAGGCCACAAUUGAUAGUUUUUAAAAUCGCAAUAUCUCGAGAAUCUAGAAAAAAUAUAUAAAAUAUCUUGAUGUCAUUGGAUAGGUAAUAAAACUACUUUUAAUUUGAGGUAUUACACUUACACAUAUUUUGUCAAGUGCAUGAAAAACGUGUUUACAUAAAAGAAUUAUAAAGAUGUUCAAU